UAAAAAGUCGGAUUGUAUUGUGUAGUCUCUUCUUCCUCCUUCUCUCUUAUCUGGACCUCCAAAAUUGUGAGAAGCAUAAAUAUAAAUAGAGAAAUAAGGCCGUACUAAUUAGGGUUUGUUCUUGGCUUUGAAUAAUUAGAAUUUAAAAAAUGGAGAUCUCAGAGAAGAAGGAACCAGAAAACAACAAUAACAUUUCACAAACAGCGACACUUGAUUCAUCUUCAACAACUGAUGUCAUCGAUAAAGAAUCCGAAGAACGCCAAGCACGCGAACUCAAAGCUGGUUUGCAUCCUCUCAAGAACAAGUUCAUAUUUUGGUACACUCGGCGAACGCCAGGAGUUCGAACACAGACAUCAUAUGAGGACAAUAUAAAGAAAAUCGUUGAGUUCAGUACUGUUGAAGGUUUUUGGGUCUGCUAUUGCCACCUGGCUCGACCUUCUUUACUGCCGAGCCCAACUGAUCUGCAUCUUUUCAAGGAAGGAAUCCGUCCUUUAUGGGAGGACUCUGCUAACUGCAAUGGUGGCAAGUGGAUCAUAAGAUUCAAGAAGGUUGUCUCUGGUCGCUUUUGGGAGGAUCUGGUUCUUGCACUGGUUGGGGAUCAACUUGAUUACAGUGAUGACAUAUGCGGUGCUGUGCUAAGUAUCCGUUACAAUGAGGAUAUACUUAGUGUGUGGAAUCGCAAUGCAUCAGAUCGUCAGGGCGUGAUGGCUUUAAGAGAUUCAAUCAAAAGGCACUUGAAGCUUCCCCACAGCUAUGUAAUGGAUUACAAGCCCCAUGAUGCUUCUCUGCGGGACAACUCAUCAUACAGAAACACAUGGUUGAGAGGGUAGAAGUAUUCUGAACUACAUGCUGGACGAGAAACAGUGCAGAGGUCCCAGGCCCCUUGCUUCACAUCAGAUUUCCUUCUCUGAUCAAGUUGUUCAUUCUUAUCACAGCUUAGCAACCUGUGUGGUUGUUGCCUUCAUAUCAUGUAGUUGAAGUUUAGACUGUAUCAAGCUAAACUAAAUAUUGGUUUUAAUGAAUUAGUAGCUUUGCUUCUGGAUACUAUGGUCGGUUGCAAGUACUUCUAUUCUGAAUGCAAGCGUUGUUUAUCAAUAAAAUGUUUCGUUACAUC